AUGGGAGACAAUCGGCAUGCACGGAUCUUCUCGUUCGAGCUCGAGGACUGCGCUAUCGCAUUCAUUGGACAUGAAGACUUGAACAAGAUCAGACGGGACCGGUGCGGCCUGUUGUUCCCAGUUGCCGAUCGACAGAGAUUGGGUCGCAACACCAUGUCUGCGGCUGCCAUCAUGCAGCAACAACAGAGCGCCGGUGCAUAG